AUGGGUAUGGUAUUUGGAAAAAUUGGUGUUGAGACACCAAAAUAUGAAGUAAUCAAAACCACACAAGAUUAUGAAGUCAGAAAAUAUGCACCUUCUGUUGCAGCUGAAGUCACCUAUGAUCCAUCACAGUUCAAAGGAAACAAAGAUGGUGGCUUCAUGAUUCUAGCAAACUAUAUUGGAGCAUUAGGGAAUCCUCAGAACACGAAACCCGAGAAAAUCGCCAUGACUGCACCUGUUAUAACAAAGGAUUCUGCGGAGAAGAUAGCUAUGACAGCACCAGUGGUGACAAAUGAGAGGAACAAGAUGGUGACUAUGCAGUUUAUUUUGCCAGCUAGUUACGGAAAAGCAGAGGAUGCACCUAAGCCUAUUGAUGAGAGGGUUGUGAUAAGAGAGGAAGGGGAGAGGAAAUAUGGAGUGGUGAAGUUUGGAGGUGUGGCUAGUGAUGAAGUGGUGAAGGAGAAGGUGGAGAAGUUGAAGUUGAGUUUGGAGAAAGAUGGUUUUAAGGUUGUUGGGGAUUUCUUGUUGGGUAGGUAUAAUCCACCUUGGACUAUUCCAAUGUUUAGGACUAAUGAGGUUAUGAUCCCUGUUGAAUGA